AUGUCUACUUAUGUCAUCUAUUUUGAAUGCGCUAAGGAGCGUGUUCUCUUCCUCUACCAUAACCUGGAUUUGAUCUCCAUGGUCUUUCUCAAUGUCAUUCAUGGCAACAAGCUAGUGGAUGAGGAAACAAUGGCCUCUCUAGAGUUUGGGGAUCCCUCCUCCCUCAAGAUAACUCAGGGCGAGGGUGAGCAUUGUUUUGAGUUGCAUUGCCUUGAGCUGCAGUGGUUUGAGAUGCAUUUGCUUGCCUUACAUUUCCUUGAGCUGCAGUGGUUUGAGAUGCAUUGGCUUGCCUUGCAUUGCCUUAAGCUUCAGUGGUUUGAGAUGCAUUGGCUUGCCUUGCAUUGCCUCGAGCUGCAUUGGUUUGAGAUGCAUUGGCUUGACUUGCAUUUCCUUGAGCUGCAGUGGUUUGAGAUGCAGUGCCUUGUGUUGCAUUGA